GCGUGUUUCCGGUGCCGAGGCCGGUUCCAGUCUCAGCCCCGCCGUGCGCCCAGAGCCGGACACCGCCCGGCGGCGCCCCGGGGACAGAGUCCAGCCCCAGCGCGUGUCUAAUCACAGAAAAAGAAAACCGCAGAAAUGUUGCGCAGGCCAAUAAUACAGGUGCUUCGUCAGUUUAUAAGACACGAGUCUGAUUCAGCCAGCUCCUUGAUACUUGAAAGAUCCCUGAAUCGUAUCCAGUUACUCGGUCGAGUAGGACAGGACCCUGUUAUGAGGCAAGUGGAGGGAAAAAAUCCUGUUACAAUUUUUUCUCUUGCAACAAAUGAGAUGUGGCGAUCAGGGGAAAGUGAGGUGUUCCAGGCAGGUGAUAUCACCCAAAAGACAACAUGGCACAGGGUCUCUGUGUUUAGGCCAGGCCUGAGAGAUGUGGCAUAUCAGUAUGUGAAGAAGGGUGCUCGAAUCUAUGUGGAAGGGAAGAUAGACUACGGUGAAUAUACAGAUAAAAACAAUGUGAGGCGGCAGGCCACAACAAUCAUAGCAGAUAACAUUAUUUUUCUGAGCGACCAUAUCAAAGAGAAGGUGUGAGAUGUUUAGUACUUGGACCCAUGCUAUUCCUUUCAUUUUAUAGUAUUUCCUAAUUCUGAAAUCAUGCAUAUUGCUGUAUUUCUGUAAACAAAUUAAAAAACCCUUUUAUAUGG